CGUCUUCUCAUCCUGCUCUAUUUAUCCUUCAGCCCCUCUAGGCUUAGCAGUCAGCUUGACUUGAGGAGGAAAAAAAAACAACACACCACACUGCAUUAAUAAUGGGGCGAUCACCAUGCUGUGAGAAGAUUGGACUGAAGAAAGGUCCAUGGACGCCGGAGGAGGAUGAGAAGCUGCUUGCCUUCGUUGAGGAACAUGGACACGGGAGCUGGCGGGCAUUACCUGCGAAGGCAGGCUUGCAGAGGUGUGGGAAGAGCUGCAGGUUGAGGUGGACAAACUACCUGAGGCCGGACAUCAAGAGGGGCAAGUUCAGCUUGCAAGAAGAACAGACCAUCAUCCAGCUUCACGCUCUUUUAGGCAACAGGUGGUCGGCCAUUGCAACACAUCUACCAAAUCGCACGGACAACGAGAUCAAGAACCACUGGAACACGCACCUCAAGAAAAGGCUGGCCAAGAUUGGGAUCGAUCCUGUCACCCACAAAUCUACCUGUGGCACUCUCACUGGCACCACGAACGACAGAUCAGCCAAGGCCGCGGCAAGCCUCAGCCACAUGGCACAAUGGGAGAAUGCCCGCCUCGAGGCUGAGGCACGGCUGGCUCGAGAAUCGAAGACACGAACAGCAACACCGACGCCAUCUGCACUCCAUGCGCAGCCAAUGGAUCUACCUGCCUCUGCUGCUUCUCCAUGGCUUGACGUGUUGCAUGCUUGGCAGGGUGCAAAGAUAGACCUGGAGUCACCUACCUCCACACUGACGUUUACAGGGAGCAAUGGUGGCAUGCUGCCAACCCCCAGGACCAACGGACCAGAGGUAUCAGAAAGCAACUCCGCGAUGUCGCAUUAUCAGAUGAGCGAUGAGUUGGAGGGUGAAGAAACCUAUUGGCAGAUCUUCAGCAAGCACCAAGUGCCGGAAGUGGACAGCAAGGAGAGUGAAGAUGACUUCAUUGGCUGUGAGGAGCCGUGGUUCUCAGGGAUGGCUGGGGUUGGAGCUGGCAUGCUGCUUGAUGUAUCCAAUGAGCAUGAGCUAUCAGAAUGCUGGGGUGAGUCCAGCAGUGGCCAAACUGUUGAGCACAGCAAGCAAGCAUCCGAUAAGGAGGACAAGGAUUAUUGGAAUUGGGUCCUUGACAGAGUAAACUCAGAGCUGACAGCACAGUCGCCUUCCUUGGUCUAAAAUACAGCCCCCCCCCCCCCCCCCCCCCCCCCUGCAGUUUUUUUUUCAACGACUCCUUAGCAAAAUCUAUUGAUCAUCUUAAGUCAAAAGAGAAACAGAACAUACGAGAAGUACAAAUAAAUUCUACAGAAGGAUGUUUUUUGUCCAUGCAUGUGAGUGAAAUAAUUAGCUGUUGUGUGUAUGUAGUAAAUAUUUUUUUCCCUGAUUUCUGAAUGUA